CUUGUCAACUUGAGAGUGCUGUCUGUAUCACCUAAUUCGAUCUCUUGCAUUCCUUAAUUAACAGUUUCACAUGUUAUUUAUCCACAUCCUUACUGCAUUUGUUUUCUUUUAUUGUGUUUAGCGGUUUAAACAUGAACAGGCUGACAAAAAUACAUGCUCACCUACUAAAAGAUGCACAGAAUCUGGAAUUUAUGUUUCUACAACAUAACGAGAUAACAGAUAUACCUGACAACCUUUUCCAAAAUGUUUUCAGCCUCAAAUAUGUAUUUCUCAACAAUAAUAACCUGACUCUGAUUGGUCCAGGCACCUUCAGGGGAGCAGUAAAUCUGGAAAUAUUGGCCCUUUCUAACAACCAUAAGCUAGCAGAUUUAGAGUCUAACUCUUUCAACUACGCUGAUUAUGGUAACCUCUCCCUUCUCUACGUUUUAGAGACAGCUCUUGUUCGAGUUAAAAUGAAAACUUUCAAAAAUCACGAAAAGGUUGGACUGGUGAUCUCUCCCACCGAAAAUCUAUACCAGUUUCCAGCCCCAUCAGACGAAAGAUUUCGAGAAGGACUGGAACGCAAUGGAUUCACAUGUAGCCAACAGUUGUGUACUCCUUGCGACUUUGGUACUUAUCAAAAAAGGGCCAGCAACGGCACUUAUGUCUGCGAAAAGUGUCCUCCAGGUGGAUUUUAUCAGAAUGCUGUUGGCCAAUUUGGAACCGUUGCAGGACGUACAGGAUGUCUUCCUUGUCCCAAGGGUACCUAUGUGGGGAUAGAUAAGUUCCCUGGGAAACGUCAGCAAAUGUGCCGCGUUUGUCCUGCCGGAUCCAAGAGCGAUGAGUGGGCAAGUUAUCGAGGUUGUUUCUGUAUUGACUCGUUCUAUCGAAAAGGCCGGUUCACAAAAUGUGAAGCGUGUCCAACAGAGGUCAGAGGAAUUCUGUGCAACGAGACAAUUUUGGUCAGGGAAGGGUAUUGGUGGAGAUUCAGAGAUUACAAUGAAAGCUGGGAAUAUCAGAGGUUCGUUGACGCCUUGAUGGUGCCCGAUGAACAGUACAAUCACAAAGAUAUCAAUUUCACAGGAGUCUUCCCUAGAGCACACCCUUGUCCCACUGCUUCUUCGUGUUUGGGUUCCCUAAACUCCGUUAGGAAACCGUGCAAGACUGGUUAUGGAGGACCACUGUGCGAGGUGUGCAGCAUAGGCUACUAUAAAUCUAUGACUAGAUGCACGGAAUGUCCGAGUCUUCCAUGGCUUUUAAUACAAAUGGUGGCCAUCACAUUCGUCAUUAUCAUCCUUAUCUUUAUUCUUGCCCGUGACGAGAGAGGCGCCAAAAUCAAGGGACGUACACUUUCUGAUAUCGUGCUGGCCCGUUUAAAGAUCGUCAUAGGCUUCUAUCAGGUCACAGCUGGUACUUUAGAUGCCUUCUCGUACGUUCAAUGGCCUGAAGCUCUGCUACAGCUCAGCAGCUAUAUCAAGUUCGUCCAGUUUAACGUGGUCCAAAUUGCUCCUUUCCAUUGUUUCAAAGAAAGCUUGAAGAUGAACGCGUACGUUGGUCUGUUGUUAAUUGUGACGUUGAAUGGAGGGAUCGUUGUAUCAGCGUUUGUGUAUUUUCAGAGCAGGAAACUAUUUUUCCGACUCAAGAAGAAUAUGUCUUUGGAGGAAAAGGAGGUGGAGAUUUCGCUGAGCAAGGAACACUGCUACCGUACCUCCUUCCUGGUUAUGUUCAUUACAUACCCGGAAGUUUGUUCAGGAAUCCUGCGUAUGCUUCCUCCUGCCUGUCAACGAAUCUGCCAGGAUGUGGCAAUGAAAGACUGCACUUACUACCUAAGAAUGGAUUACAGUUUAAAGUGUUUCGACAAGUCCUACAAUAAGUACGUGACUGCUGCCUACGUUGGAGCCACAUACCCUCUGCUUUUCCCUCUGUUCAUUGUAGUCAUUCUGUACUUGCUUUAUUAUCGACCCCAAGUCAAAAACUGCGCCCAAAGUACCGAAACAAAGCGGUAUGAAAUCAUAGAAGGUAUGCGUUUCAUCUAUGAAAACUACGACAAGCGUUGCUGGUACUGGGAAUUGGUGGAGAUGGUGAGGAAGUUGAUUCUUACUUCCGGUCUGGCCCUGAUUGGCACCGAGGGACGAACCUAUGUUGGAGUGGCAGCAAUGGCGUCAGGAUUCUACGCUGUAGCGUAUGCUCAGGUUCAGCCAAUACCCGACAAGUAUGAACAUCUGCUGCAACUGGUGUCUCUUGUAGCCUCUUUCUUCAAUCUAAGUGUUGGCGUCUUGUUAAGGAUUCCAUCUGAAAUGCUGAACUAUUCUAUCGAAAAGGACAAAGAUUCAAUUGGUGUCACUGUAUUGCUAGUGACGGCUAAUUUGAUGGUAAUAGGAUUGGUCGCCGUUCGAUAUAUCAUAUCUCUGGGUAAGAGUCUGUAUGGUGUAUAUAAGAACCCACAAUGCAACUGGGAGUGCUGUUUGAGUGUGGUUCUAUCAGCACGAAGUGAAAAUACAGAUGAGGAGGACAUUGAUGAUGCUGGACACAAGCGUGUGGAGCUCACCAUGGAAAGCGUUACAAGUAACAUAGAAUUGCAGAGGGAUGGCCUUGAAAACUCUAAUGGAGGAGGCAACAGCGAUCAAGCCACAAAAAACGAUCGGUGUUCCCUUCUCUCUCUGGAGGACGAUGACGAUGAGAUAGAGUUGUCAUGCGUGAGCCAAGGUUUUAGAGAGAUCGAGAGCCUGGGUACAACUGGACCUGUUUCCCAACGCAGAGAGGUCCGAAUGGCAAGCUCAAAAGGUGACUCGAAAAUUCCUGAAGUGCGGUUCAACAGGGGUCAUAAGGAGAUUCCCAGUGAUCACCCCACAGCUGAAUCAAACAAAGUAUUGGACUCUAAAGCGGUUACAGAAGUAAACAAAAGCGACUCACUGUCGCUUGAGAUGACUGAUUCGGACUCGGAUAGCACGAAAAUACACGAAGAGAAGGCAAGGGACGAAACUAUGAAUUGAAUCCGCAAGAACGCUGUAGACGCUAAAGAACCCUUGGAUUUAUCAUUCUAGAUAAGUGUUGAUUCUGGAAUGCAUGAUAUUCAACACUUGACCUUAGAAAUCAGUCUUUGAAUGCCUUAGAAGAGGCGAAAAGCUUGUUUUAAGAACUCUCAAUUCUAAUAAUAGGCAAGGAGAUAGUGCGGAAAUUUACUUGUUUUGAGCCUUGUUUCAUUUUAUUUGCUCGUGUUGCUUAAGGAUCAACCUGUAUUUGUUAUGUAAGUUUCUAAUGUAGCAAUUCAGAAAACUGGUUGAUGAACUAACUUUCUUAUUAGUUCCCAUUUAUGUCGUUAUCAAAGAUUUCUGACUAAUUUUCUACAUUGAAACCUUGAAAAAACUUCAGAAUAAACCAUAACAAAGUACAGUAUCUGUAUUGUAUCUUUAUUUCAACUUGACACAAGUUGCGCUUUAAGUGUCCACUACAGUUCUACAUCGAGCUUGUAAAGGAAA